AUGGUGCAUGGCAAACCUGCAAGAACUUCCCUGCCCACUGGUCUAAAAUUGAGAGCUGGAGAUGGUGAUCCUGUGGAGGAUUUACAUGGUUAUUGGAAUACAGUAGGAGCUCUUCAGUAUGUGACCAUCACGAGGCCGGAGCUCUCCUUCAGUGUGAACAAAGUAUGUCAAUUUAUGCAGAAUCCUACAGAGGAGCAUUGGAAGGCUGUGAAACGAAUCUUGAGAUAUUUACAAGGCACUUUGCAACAUGGUUUGCAUUUGAAGAAAUCAUCCAGCCUUGAUUUAGUUGGAUUUUGUGAUGCUGAUUGGGCAUUUGAUUUGGAUGAUAGACGUUUAACCUCAGGCCAUUGUGUAUUUUUGGGACCAAAUUUGAUAUCUUGGCAAUCUAAGAAACAACAUACUGUUUCAAGGUCUAGUACUGAAGUUGAAUAUCGAAGUCUUGUAGGUUUGGUAGCUGAAAUCACAUGGUUAAGGUCAUUGUUGAGUGAGUUGCAACUUCCCCUAGCUAAGCCUCCUCUGGUUUGGUGUGAUAACCUUAGCACGGUUUUGCUGUCUGCAAAUCAUGUUCUUCAUGCAAGAACAAAGCACAUGGAGCUUGAUCUCUAUUUUGUUCCUUGA